GUCUUAUACGUUCCACAGUGGGAAUAACUUCGCUCAAUCACUAUCAGUCUCUAGCUCACCUCCAUCAUGACCCGCACAUCUGUGGGGUAGUAUCCAGUGAACGGUUUGCCGGGUUUUCCGGCAGUUUCUUCGUGCCAUGGGGUUAGUGGUCCGAAUGCUUGAUCUAUAUAUGGAUGUGAAUGAUCGACCAAGCACUACCCUUUCAACACAAGUCUUCGAUGAUGAUGCACACCCUGCACAGAGCUCUUUCCCCCAUAGCCCGGCCGGCUGUUCGUUUGAAGCGUCCAUACCUCUUCUUUCAUCCCCAGAGUCGUCAUCAAACUGCCCUGGUCUGUCCUAGGCCACUGCUGCGUCCAUACCAGGAGGAAUGCAUUGCCGAGGUGCUGAAAAGCAUCAAACUAGGAUAUCUGCGGCUGGCGGUUUCCCUCGCUACAGGAGGCGGCAAAACCAUCAUCUUCACUCACCUAAUCCAGUCGGUGCAGCAUCCCACUCAUCCUCAGCACGCAACACGCACCUUGAUUCUCGCCCACCGUGUCGAGCUUGUCCUCCAGGCCUUCAAACAAGCUCGUCUCCUAUAUCCAGGCUUAAGGAUCGACAUCGAGAUGGGGAAAAAAGUGGCCACUGGUACAGCGGAUAUCACGGUUGCGUCGAUUAGAUCCAUCUCCAACUGGAAGAGGCUUCAGAAGUAUGAUCCGAGCACGUUCAAGCUGAUAUUGAUCGACGAAGCACACCAUGCUACUUCCAACAACUACCAUUACACGCUGCAACACUUUGGUGUGUUGGACACGGAAGGGGGUGUCGAGAGCAGGCCGAUUGUUAUCGGAGUCAGCGCUACGAUGUGUCGUUGCGACGGACAGGAGCUCCAAACAGUCUUCAAUCAUGUAGUCUUCCACAAGGACUCGGUUGACUUGAUGGAACUCGGCUGGUUGUGUCCGGUCAAGUUCGCCCCGGUUCAAACCACUAUCGAUCUCACACGGGGGGAUACCGGCGAUAUGUCGAAGCAAGCGAACGAGCUCAUAGUCUGCAACUGGCUCUCCCUCGCCCAGGGUCAACGGAAGUCCACCAUCGUUUUCGCCGCCAGCAUCGCUCACGCGGACGGACUCACCGAGAUGUUUAAAGCCCACGGCAUCGGCGCGCAACUGAUCACCAGUAAAACAUCGCUCAAGGAUCGUAAAGAGCGCCUAGACGACUUCAAGGAAGGAAAGUACCCGGUGCUUGUCAACAAGGGAAUCUUCACCGAGGGCUCGGACAUCCCCAAUAUUGACUGUGUGGUGCUCACGCGACUCACCCAUAACACCAACCUUCUAGUGCAGAUGAUAGGUCGCGGCCUGCGCCUGUGGCCAGGAAAGCGGGACUGCCUGGUGAUCUAUUUUCGUAACCCCGAUGAAGCGGGCAUAGUACCGACACCCGCCUUGUUCGGAUUGGGACCCGACCUUAGCGCGGAC